GAGCCUUACUGGCACCCAAACAAGCCAGAAACAUCAGCCUUUCGAAUCCCCAAACCCCGGAGAGCGCCGGAAGCGGACCCCCGAGAUCACGUGGUAAGGUUCAAAAGCUCGGCCGAAAAGACGGCGGUCCUCAUGGCCCUGAAAGGGUCUGCCACCUACAGCUUCGAAUCCAUGACCCUGUCUUUUUACGCAGACCAAUCGGGCGACACCCUGCAGUGGCGCAGAUCCUUGCAACCUUUCACCACACUGCUUAGAGACCACCGUAUCAACUAUCGCUGGCGCACACCGCGCACAUUACAGAUAAAGCACGACAACCAGGUCCAUUCCAUCUCGGACCUCCGAGAAGCUACCGCCCUGCUGUGCCCACUCGGACUACCACUGGAGGGGUUGUGGCCCAUGGCUGCACCAGAACCACCCGUAGAUAAACCACGAUGGGACCCAGCAAAGACCGUUCCCUUCAUCACAUGGGGAACAGGGAAAAAGAGAGUACGCGGCUGCCACCACAUGAAG